AUGGCUGAUGCCACACAAUCGCCCUACGGCGAUCACAAGUUUAUAGCUCGCUUAGAUCACAUCAAGACCUUUAACCAGGCCAUAAAGUCAAUCUGCUUCAAUGAUUAUGGAAUGCUGCAGGUGUCCGAGGAUGGACUGCGCAUCACCGUGGAGCAGGGCAAGUCCACCCAGGCCACGCUCUUCAUGCCGCCGGGCGCCUUCACGGAGUUUGUUGUGCAGGACUUCCAGAGCUUCGGCCUGAAGAUGAAUGUCCUUUCCGAGUGCCUAAAUCUCUUUGGAUCCGCCGACUGCAGUCUGAGGAUGAUGUACAGGGAUGAGGGCGAUCCUCUGAGGAUCAUUCUGUAUCCCUACGACGACGAGGAUGUGAACACCGAGUGCGCCAUCAAAACAAUGGACAGCGAGGAGCCAAUUGACUACGACAAGAGCUUGAAGGACUCGGAUAUAAAUGUUAUUUUCGUACGCGGACCGAAUCUAUCGAAAGUGUUCCAUGAACUGGAGAAAUCGGCGGAGGAAUUCGAGUUCGUUACAUCGCCGGAUAAGCCGCAUUUCAAAAUCACCACCGUUGGCAUCAUGCAGGCCGUUUUCAGCGUGGAGGUAGCCAAAACGAGUCCCAUGAUGAUGAUGUUCAACUGCAAGCAGACGGUGGUCGCUCGCUACAAAAGUCAGCAGAUCCGAAUGACCAACAAGGCGAUGCAAGCGGCCACCAAGGUGGCCAUCAAAACGAACUCCGUUGGCCUGCUGGAACUGCAUCUGGUCAUGCAGGGCGAGGGCCAGGAGGAGAUCUUUGUCCAGUUCUUCAUCGUUCCCCUGCUCCACACGGAUUAGGCCAGAUUAUAUAUAUUUAUAAAUAUUUGUUAC